CUUCUUGCUCCAAUUGUCUUGAACUAAAAAUUUACUACUUAAAAGUUAGAAUGUUUAAAAAAUUAAUACUGAAGAUGCUGUCAGCUAUUUUAGUGCCUCUAUUUUUAGCCCUAUCAGCCUGCAUCAUAGUAUUCAUGUUUUACAUAAAAAAAUAUUACAAAUAUUGGGAAAAACGUAACGUACCUAUAGAAAGCAACUUCUUUCUAGUCAACAAUACCUACAGCGUUUUCUCGGGAAAACUCCAUUUUGGGAGUUUUUUGAUUAAACUAUAUCAAUCACAUCCAGAGGAUCCAUAUUUUGGAUUUUAUAUAUUGGGCAAGCCUCAUCUUUUCAUUAGAUGUCCAAAUGUAAUAAAAAGAAUAUGCGAAAAUCAUGAAUACUUCCAAGAUAGAAGCUUUUUUUGUGAAGAAAGAGUAGAUCCGAUUGUCUCGAAAUCAGUUUUCAUGGCUAGAAAUCCUGAAUGGAGAGACUCCAGACAAAAACUUAACACUCUGUUUUCGCCAGCAAAAUUUAAAGCUAUGGUACCGAAGAUUUUAUCUCACUGUAAAGAAAUGAAUCUUUCUCUAGAACAAUAUGACAAUCAAAUUAUUGAUGUACAAAUAACUGCCGAAAGUCUUAUAACCAAUGUGGUGUCUCAUAUAUUUCUUGGAAUAGAUAGCCAAUGUGAAUACGAUACAAAUGAUAAUGUAGUAAAAACCGCCAUGAAACAUGUGUUCGGUAAAGGAUGGUACCAAGGACUAGCAUUUUUCGUUUAUACAUUUGCGCCAAAACUUGUUAAAGUUUUGAAGAUUUCUCUUAUUCAUGACGAUUUCAUUAAAACUAUUGUUAAAGACGUUAUGAGAAGCUAUUAUGACACUAAAGAUAUUAGAGGAACUAGAGUUAUUGAUAUACUUGCCAAAAACAAUAUUAACAUUUAUCAAGAAUCAGAAAACUUUUUUGACGAAAAUUGGUUAGUAGGUCAAUCAUCAACUAUAGUUCUUGCCUCUUUUAUACCUAUGUCAGCAUUUUUUGCUCUUAGUUUGUAUGAGCUAAGCCUUAACCAAGAAUACCAAGAAAAACUCAGAGAAGAAAUUUUUGGAUUUAUUUCUGACGAAAAUUUCGAUGAAACACUUGAAAGUAUUAGGAAUAUGAAAUAUCUAAAUAUGGUAGUUGCUGAAAUCCUAAGGUUAUAUCCUCUGGGUGAUUUCGUGAACAGAAAUUGCAACAAAGACUACGUGUUACAAGAAACCGGUUUAAAGGUUGAAAAAGGAACCCCCAUUAUGAUCUCUGUUAGUGCAAUUCACGCUGAUCCAAAAUUCUUUCCUGAUCCAUGUAAGUUUGAUCCUGGAAGAUUUGAAAAUGGAACUAAAGAAUUCGAAAGAGCUGGAGUUUAUUUUCCUUUCGGAUUUGGUCAGAGAAGCUGUUUGGGUGGAAGAUUUUCCCUAGUGGCCAUUAAAAUAGCCCUGGUAGAGGUGUUGAGAAAAUUCAAAUUUGAACCUUGUAAUGAAACAGAAAGGCCAAUAAUGUUUGAUAAUCGAGUGAUAAAUAUUUCUCCUAUAAAUGGAAUAAAAUUACGAAUAACUAAGUUGUGAUAUUUCAUUUAUAUGUAUAUGCAAGAAAAAAGAAAUAAAAGGGAAUAAUUUCACCCAA